AUGAAGAUAGAUCAUUUAAUCCUACUUGUCUCUUCACUUUCAAUGCUGACUUAGGCAGCUGAUAAACUUGGAUUUGUAUUCGAACUAGUUAGACAUGGUGCUAGAGCUCCUUAAAAAGCCUAGAAAGAUCAAUUUAUGGUGCCUGAGGGUAUGCUUACAGCUAGCGGAUAGAGGUAGAGAUAUCUGAUGGGAUCUCUAAACAAGUAGAGAUAUAUUGAUAUAGGCUUGCUUGAUGAUACCUACAAUCCAGCAUAGAUUUAUAUUCAGUCUACAAAUUUCUUCAGAACAAUUCAAAGUAGCUACGCUGAACUCAUUGGAAUUUACCCACCUUCAUAGAAAACUAAGUUAAAUGAUGGUGAAAAGCAAAGUCUUAAAAGCGGAAAAGGAAUGCCAAAGCUCAAAAUUAGAAAUCAAGGCAAGACUGUAGAUCCAGGUUAAGAUCCAAUGGAAGGAUUUUAAUAUAUUCCAGUAUUCAAUUAUCAAACUCCUGAUGAAUCAGAUGAUUUAAUGACUGGAGGCUGUAAGCUAAUCGACGAAGCUGAUGCUUAUCUUUUCCCUAGAAAUGAUACUUAUGAGCCAGUUGCAGAUUAUAUAAUGCCUGUCCUAAGAAAGCCAAUUCAAGUUGCUUAUGGAUUAACUGACGACCAAGCAUGGGGUUUGAGCUAUCCCCAGUUGUAUGAUUAUAGUGAUUCUCAAUUGGCUGAGGAUAAAGAAGGAAUCCCAAGAAGAUAUAGCUAUUCAGCUGAAGAAUGGUUUUACAUGAGAAAUACAUAAAAAUGGGCAUUAUCUCUAACUUUUCCUUAAGAAUACAAAAAGAUAUUCGCAACUAAAAUCAUGAGAAAUCCUUUGAUGAAUAUGCACAAUAGAAUGAAUGAAAUUAAUGAUGGAGAUAAAACUAGAGACUCUCUUAGAUAUUUCAUUUACUCUGCUCAUGAUCUUUAAAUAGCCAAUAUUUUGGAAUGGCUUCACCCAGUUGGUCAUGACUUCGUUGAUGUUACUUAUGGAAGCUCAAUUUUCUUUGAGUUAUGGUAUGAUACUGACUGUGUCAAUUCAUUGAGAGAUGAAUCAUGCUUUAAGGUUAAGAUAAUUCACAACGGUAUGCCUCUUAAGCUCAGCACUUGUCUUGAUGCAAACUGGUACACAAGAGGAAGUUAUGAUCAAAUUUGUACCUAUACAGACUUCAGAGCACACACCACUAACUUUGGAUAUUCAGGUAUGCCACUCCAUGAAAAGUGCGCAGAGACCUUCACUCCACCUUCAAUGGAAUGA